UCAUAUUACACUAACCGUUGGUUUUAACAUCUGAAACAUCGUAGUCGUGUUAAGUAGGGUUAAGGAUACAUCGGUUGAAUAGAAAUGGCACGAAAGAGUCAAUUUCGGGAAAUCGAAGGGUUUAUGUCAUUGUUUUUCCGCACUGAGGCUUGCUAGCUAUAGCUACCUCUUUUGAGGGGAUGCAGCUCAAAUCGUUGCGACGGGACUAGGAUUAGAAACACAAAUUAUUUCGGUGGCAGUUAACAGAACGUACAAAUGUCGUGGUGGGUAGCUGCUUUGUCUACUCACAUCUUUGGUUAGAUGUUUAUGUACAAUUUUCCGGGAGGUGCGACUGUGCUUUUAGGAUACUGUCCUUCCAUUGGCUCGAGUCCCACCAGCAUUUUAAAUUUGCGCCUUCGAGAUACACAGGCAGAGUAAUGAGCAAGCCCAGGCCUCGCUGGGACAAGCAGGCAUCCCAGCCUGUCGGGACCCGGGUUACCCGCAGCUCCACCACCAAAGCCAGCGAGACGCAACUACUUCAGCCCCAGGCUUCAGGGCCUAGCCCCGACCGUGUCCAGCCAAGGAAACAGACUGACUCCGUUCUGGCCCAGGGCCUCAGUCAGAUGACUAUGAGUGGACAGGAAGCUCAUCCAGCAAGGAAGGGGAGGCCUUUUAAGACCAGCAGCAGCAAUAGCGGCAGUCCCCCAGCCCAGGAGGAUCAGUCCCUGGGGUCGAAACAGCGGACGCAUGCCCCUAGAGAGGGUCUGGCUACUGUGGCACGGCUGGUGAAGCUGGGCCGCUGCAAGAACGUGGUGGUGGUGGCUGGGGCUGGGAUCAGCACGCCCAGCGGCAUACCGGACUUCAGAACCCCAGGAACCGGGCUGUACUCCAACCUCAAAAAGUAUAGCAUCCCUUACCCGGAGGCCAUCUUCAACAUCGACUACUUCUCCGAGGACCCCCGUCCCUUCUUCUCCCUGGCCAAGGAGCUGUACCCCGGCUGCCACCGGCCCAACUACAUCCACUACUUCAUCCGCGUGCUGCACCACAAGGGCAUACUCCUCCGCAUGUACACGCAAAACAUCGACGGCCUGGAGACAGUGUGCGGAAUCCCAGACGACAAGCUGGUGGAGGCUCAUGGGAGUUUUGCCACCGCUUCCUGUCACCUGUGCUACACUCCGUUCCCUGCCGAGGAAGCCAAGAGCACCAUCAUGAGUGACCAGGUCCCCAUCUGCACGUUCUGUGCGGGCACGGUCAAGCCUGAUGUUGUGUUCUUCGGAGAGGACCUCCCCCAGAAGUACUUCCAGCACGCAGCAGACUUCCCCAAAGCUGACCUCCUCAUCGUCAUGGGAACGUCACUACAGAUUGAGCCAUUCGCCAGCUUGGUGAACACGGUCAGGCCCGGAGUCCCUCGCCUGCUACUGAACCGCGACGCAGUGGGCCCCUUCCUGAAGACGCCACUGCGGCGUGGAGAUCACAUGCAGCUGGGCGACCUGGCGGACACAGUGAGGACCCUCGCUGACAUGCUGGGCUGGCACUCCGACGUGGCCAGGCUGAUGAGGGAGCAGGAGGACGGGGCCUCCAGUGGCAUGAUGGUGAGUUCUCUGUCAGGGGACCAGAGGAGGGCCAGGGGGCUGGGGAGGAGGGGGGCCACUGAGCCCUGGGGCAGGCGGCCCCCCAAGUCCAGGCCGGGGGUCCCAGCGUCCCCCAGUGGCAGCAGCGAGGAGGGCGACUCGGACAGCAAGAGCACAGUGUCGUCCAGUCCAAGCAAUUGACACACAGCCCCCCUCCUUUCCUCUAGGAAUAUUCAAAGAUGACAUCAUUGGUAUGCUGGGGGAAGGAAAUACCUGUUUGCCUUUUAACAAAGGGCCUAUGUGUAUGGUGUGAUGUAGGACAGUAUAGUGCAGUUUGCCAGUUCAUCUGGUCAGCGUGGACUACAUGCUUGAACCCACUAUGCAGUUGCUCUCAAGGUUGGACAUAUGAAUACUAUUGUAUCCCUGUUUUAUACUGUAAAAAAUAUGCUAUUUAAUAAUAAAAGUAUGACUCAAAUUUGA